UAUAAAACAACAGGAAUAUAGGCCAAGGGGCAAUGAAAAUAUCUCUUUCAACUAUGUUUUCGCCGAUUAGAUCACAACUUCAUGCUCUGGGAAGAUUACAAAUGAUCUCUCAAGUUGAAAGUGCAUUGUUGAAUCCUGCAUCUCGUUCAUGGAUAGUACCAGCAGCUUCAUUGAAGUCCAUGAUCCGUAACUUCAAACCUCCUCCAAAGUUUGAUGAUGUAGAAUUUCCAACAUCUGAUAAAAGACGACUCAGGAUCUUAGAGAAAGUGCCUCACCCUAUAAACCCUUCGAAAGGUCCUCUAAAGAUGCCGAAGAGACUGAUUGACAUGAGAGGUCCGGAGCUAAUUCAUAAUAAACUCAUUCAUAAACAGUAUGGUAUUCAGGCGUUAACUGGCGGUGCGAUGAAACAUGGCCACCUUGAAAUGAUGCGCUUACGAAUAAACAAAAGGAUGGAUGAAUCUCGCAUGUUUGCACUUUGGAGAAUCGAUGCUCCGUGGAAAGCUGUCACACGCAAAGGUCAAGGUCAUCGAAUGGGAGGUGGGAAAGGCAACAUAGAUCACUACGUUACGCCAGUAAAGGCAAACCGCAUCAUCUUGGAGAUAGCAGGGCAUUGUGAAUUCCAGGAAGUCGAAAAGUUUCUUACUGAUCUCGCAAACAAACUGCCAUUCCCUGCACGCUCUGUCAGCCAGGAGAUUCUUGAUAAGGAAGAAGAAAUGGAGGUAGAACUAGUGAAGAGGAACGUUAAUCCAUUGACCUUUAAAUAUCUCCUAGAUAAUAACUUUUGUGACAUCAAGCGGUGGUGUGGUCCGUACGAUUAUAAAUGGUUUGGGAAAUAUCGAUAGCAUCUACGUUCCUACUUUACUUGGACUUGAUUCAUAUCCUGAGCAUCAUGCAGAUUCUUGUGGUACCUUUCUUAUAACUAGACUGCCGAUCUCCACUUAUUAACUGUCAAAUUACAAAAGGACCUCGGCUGAGCUAAAAAAAUUAAAUCGCCAAGGUGAUUUUGACCUGUAGCAAGCGGUUGAACUAAGAGAAGAAUAAUGUAUGAUGAUCAGCAUAAAGAAUAUGACUUGUUUUAAAUAAAGUUAUAGAUGGAUAAU